UUUAAUCGUAAACUUUUAUCAUAUUUAAUAAUGAAACUAUUUGACAAUCCUUUUAAAAUGUUAUUAAUAUUUCUCUUUAUAAUAUCGAUAUUAAAUGUGUGUUUUGCUAGUGAAUUUCAACCGGAACAGAUUCAUCUAUCCUUAGGAGACAAUCCAGACGAAUUGGUAGUCAUGUGGAACACUAAAGAUAAUCCUGGAGUUCCAAAAGUAGAAUAUGGCCCUUCCCCUUCGAAAUUAAUCUAUUUAGGAAUUGGUAUUAGCGAACAAUUAAAUCACGGAUUGUUAUUGAGGCUCACUAGACAAUUCGUGCAUAAAGUUCGACUGCAAAAAUUGUUACCUAACGUCACAUAUUGGUACAGAUGUGGAAAUAAUAAAAAUUGGAGCCAAAUUUAUAAAUUCACAACGCAUCCACGUGGUUAUAAUUGGAGUCCAAAGUUAUUAAUUUUUGGUGAUUUAGGAUUAAGAAAUGCUCGAUCCAUGCCAAGUUUAGAGAGAGAAGUUUGGUCUGGAAAAUGGAAUUUAUUAUUUCAUAAUGGUGACAUUGCAUACGAUAUGAACUCGGGGGAUCGACUGUAUANGGGUAAAAGAUAUGCAAAAGCAAAUAAUCCGUUAAUACCUGAAACUUAUGAUAAAAAUCAACCUCAUAAUUAUAUUCUGUCCAUAGAUGCAAAUAAUCUUUAUGGGUUUGUAAUGAGUGCAUAUUUACCUGUAAAUAAUUUUAGAUGGUUGUCCAAAGAUGAAAUAAAUGCUUUAGACAUAUGUAAUAUAUCAGAUGAAAAUGACAUCGGAUAUAUCUUAGAAGUAGAUCUAAAAUAUCCGGAAAGUAUUCACGAUAGACAUAAUGAUUUACCACUUGCUACUGAGCAUACUAAUAUCCCAAAUUUAAAAUUUUAUCUAGAUGAAGGUUUGAUAGUAACUAAAAUUCAUAGAGAGGCAAAUUUGCCAAAUAAUCGCGCUCAAACACCGUGGAUUAUUGUCAUCGGCCACAGACCUAUGUAUUGUUCAAACAAGACGUUCAGAGAUUGCUCGUGGGAUUUCACAUUGACCCGUAAUGGACUUCCUCUAUUAAAUUACGGCCUGGAAGAAAUUUUAUAUAAGUAUGGAGUCGAUUUAGCUAUUUGGGGACAUCAACAUUCGUACGAACGUACUUGGCCACUUUAUGAUAACAAGGUAUAUAAUGGAAGUAUAUGGUUGCCUUAUCAUAACCCAAAAGCUCCCGUACAUAUAACGAGCGGAUGCGCGGGUAAUAAAGAAAGGGUAUUAGAAUUUAAAGAGCACAAACCUCACUGGAGUGCGUUCAGAAGUAGUACUUACGGUUAUCUUCGUAUGAUAGUACACAACGCAUCCCAUCUUGAAUUAGAACAAAUGUCGGCAGAUCAGUUUGGAGAUACCAUCGAUCAUAUUUUGAUUAAAAAGGAUAAACACGGACCUUAUCCUAAAUUAUUCCCAAAUAAUAUUUAUUGAUAACAUAUAACUUACGAGAGGAGAAAAUUUUCUCAGGAAACUGUACAUAUAUUGUAUAUCAAAAGAUAGUGAGAAUCUGUAAAUACAUAUUAUUUUUAAUCGAUAAUUGUAUAUUUUGAUAUAAACAAACAAUAUGCUACCUUUGUAUUUAAAUGGAAAA